GAGCGCCGCGCGCAGAGCACACGCUCGCGCUCCAGCUCCCCUCCCUGGCCGUUCAUGACCACGCGCUCUGAGCUCAGCCCCGCCACCCCCGCCGCCCCGCCGCCCGCCGCCGCGAGGGCCCCCCGAGGGAAGGAAGGCAGGCGCGGCCGUGAGUCCCGCGGAAUCCGCACCCCCCGGCCCGCAACCGGCUGCCCGGCCCGGCUGGCACCAUGCUGCCCGCGCGCUGCGCCCGCCUGCUCACGCCCCACUUGCUGCUCGUGUUGGUGCAGCUGUCCCUAGCUCGCGGCCACCGCACCACGGGCCCCAGGUUCCUCAUAAGCGACCGUGACCCUCAGUGCAACCUCCACUGCUCCAGGACUCAACCCAAACCCAUCUGUGCCUCUGACGGCAGGUCCUAUGAGUCCAUGUGUGAGUACCAGCGAGCCAAGUGCAGAGACCCUACCCUGGGUGUGGUACAUCGAGGCAGAUGCAAAGACGCUGGCCAGAGCAAGUGUCGCCUGGAGCGGGCUCAGGCCCUGGAGCAAGCCAAGAAGCCGCAGGAGGCGGUGUUUGUCCCAGAGUGCAGUGAAGACGGCUCCUUUACCCAGGUGCAGUGCCAUACUUACACAGGGUACUGCUGGUGUGUCACCCCAGAUGGGAAGCCCAUCAGUGGCUCUUCUGUGCAGAAUAAAACUCCUGUAUGUUCAGGUUCAGUCACUGACAAGCCCUUGAGCCAGGGUAACUCAGGAAGGAAAGAUGACGGGUCGAAGCCGACACCCACGAUGGAAACUCAACCCGUGUUCGAUGGAGAUGAAAUUACAGCCCCUACUCUAUGGAUUAAGCACUUGGUAAUCAAGGACUCCAAACUGAACAACACCAAUGUAAGGAAUUCAGAGAAAGUCCAUUCGUGUGACCAGGAGAGGCAGAGCGCCCUGGAAGAGGCCCGGCAGAAUCCCCGGGAGGGCAUUGUCAUCCCCGAGUGUGCCCCCGGGGGGCUCUACAAGCCUGUGCAGUGCCACCAGUCCACUGGCUACUGCUGGUGUGUGCUGGUGGACACGGGGCGCCCGCUGCCCGGAACCUCCACGCGCUACGUGAUGCCCAGUUGUGAGAGCGAUGCCAGGGCCAAGAGUGCGGAGGUGGACGAUCCCUUCAAGGACAGGGAGCUGCCAGGCUGUCCAGAAGGGAAGAAGAUGGAAUUUAUCACCAGCCUACUGGAUGCCCUCACCACUGACAUGGUGCAGGCCAUUAACUCAGCAGCGCCUACUGGAGGUGGGAGGUUUUCAGAACCGGACCCCAGCCACACCCUGGAGGAGCGCGUGGUGCACUGGUACUUCAGCCAGCUGGAUAGCAAUAGCAGCAAUGACAUCAACAAGCGGGAGAUGAAGCCCUUCAAGCGCUACGUGAAGAAGAAAGCCAAGCCCAAGAAGUGUGCCCGGCGUUUCACUGACUACUGUGACCUGAACAAGGACAAGGUCAUCUCACUGCCCGAGCUGAAGGGCUGCCUGGGUGUCAGCAAAGAAGCAGGACGCCUCGUCUAAGGAGCGGAAAACCAAAGGGCAGGUGGAGAGACCAGGGAGGCAGGAUGGACCACCCAACACCUAACCUUCACCAGCUCCCCCGGCCCGGCCACAUCCCGUGUAACAUAAGUGGUGCCCCCCGUGUUUGCACUUUUGAUAACUCUCAUUUGCAUGUUUUCUUUUUGGUUUCAUUUUUAAACACCAGUAUCUCAUACCACAGUGGGAAAAGGAAAGGGAAAAAGACUGUUUAUUCUCUAUCUUAUUGUAAGUUUUUGGAUCUGCUACUGACAACUUUGAGGGGGUUUUUUUUGGUGGGGGGUGGGUGGGUGGGUGUUUGUUGCUGGGACUGAGAAGAAAGAGAUUUAUAUACUGUACAUAAAUAUAUAUGUAAAUUGUAUAGUUCUUUUGUACAGGUGUUGGCAUUUUGCUGUUUGUUUAUUCCUCCCCCCAACCCCACCCUCGUUGUGGGGGCUCCGGACACACAGCCCAGCUUUCUAGAACCCAGGACUGUAUCCCUAGCCCACCUGGAUCCCAUUUGGA